AUGGCCUUUUUGUUUAAAUCCAAGAAAAACCACCAGGGGGGUGCGCUUCCUCCUGCGACCAGAAACGUCCACACCUCUGAAGGUGCCCCAUCCAAUGGUCCGUCUGCUAUGACCAAUGGGGUCAAGGAAGGAAGCUUCUCUCAGACCCCCACCCCCAGCAGCAGCUACAAUAACUCCUUGAAUUCCGCGGCGAGCCCCACGAGCCCAGAUCCCGUCAGACCGCGCCAAAGAGCGGAGUCCGAGUCACAGACCCAACGACCACAACAAGGUCCGAAUGGGGCCCCGCAGAGCCCUAACUCUUCCCUCUAUCCCUGGUCGCAACGCCGCCUGAACUUCACAUCCCCGCAAACAACACCAUUCCCACGUUAUGGAGCCGCCAUCAAUGCCGUUGCGUCCAAGGAGGGAGAUAUCUAUAUGAUGGGUGGACUAGUGGAUGGGUCCACCGUCAAGGGAGAUUUGUGGAUGAUCGAGAGCAGUGGUGGGAGCCUCUCCUGCUUCCAAAUUGCUACCGUCUCCGAAGGCCCGGGACCUCGUGUUGGUCACGCUAGCUUACUGGUUGGGAAUGCGUGUAUCGUGUUUGGAGGAGACACUAAGAUCAACGAGACUGAUGCAUUGGAUGACACACUAUACCUCCUAAAUACUUCUUCUCGACAAUGGUCUCGUGCGAUUCCACCAGGACCUCGCCCCGCUGGACGGUACGGUCAUACUCUGAACAUCCUUGGCUCGAAGCUCUAUGUGUUUGGUGGUCAGGUUGAAGGUUUUUUUUUCAACGAUUUGAUUGCGUUUGAUUUGAAUCAGCUGCAAAACCCCGCAAACAAAUGGGACGUCCUAGUCCAAAACAGCCACGAGGGCGGACCUCCUGAAGGUCAGAUCCCUGCGGCCAGAACCAACCACACCAUUGUCAGCCACAAUGACAAGCUUUAUCUGUUUGGAGGAACCAACGGUGUGCGAUGGUUCAAUGAUGUCUGGUGUUACGAUCCUCGUGCUGGCGCAUGGGCCGAAAUUGACUGUGUCGGAUUCAUCCCAACUCCGCGAGAGGGUCAUGCAGCUGCUUUGGUUGGUGAUGUGAUGUAUGUGUUUGGUGGCCGAACCGAUGAGGGAAUCGACCUGGGUGAUCUUUCGGCUUUCCGCAUCUCCUCUCGACGUUGGUACUCCUUCCAGAACAUGGGGCCGGCACCAUCUCCUCGAUCUGGACAUAGCAUGACAGCUUUUGGAAAGCAGAUUAUUGUCAUGGCUGGUGAACCUAGCUCCGCUCCUCGUGAUGCGAAUGAGCUGAGCAUGGCAUAUAUUCUCGAUACAUCCAAGAUUCGAUACCCUAAUGAUUCAGGAACAGCCGAACGCAGUGCUGUUGCAAACGGAAGGAAAGCCAGCCUCGACAAACAAGGACCCCCCUCUGGCCGAACAUCUCGAGAGGCUCAAAGUGCCACGCCUGACCAGUCGCGUCGUGGCGCGACACCGUCUCGCGAAAGCUUGAUCCAGCCCUUGGGUAACAGAUCUGGCGACUUUGGAUCCAAUCCCAAUCUCGGACCGGGACCGGGCUCUCGGCUUCCACGUGCUUCAAUUGCGCAAGCGCCUUCUGGCCCGCCUCCCCCGGGACAGGCUCCUUCUCCUGGUCCUCGUGCCACUGGCCCCCAACCUGCGAUGAAUCCUCGCGCCAAGACCCCAACGAAGAUGGAUCGUGGGUACACAGGCACUGUCGAUGUACGGGUCGCUAAUGCCGAUCGAGGUACAGAGUCUCCAGUGGCUAAAGAACUACCCCUUGAUUCCCAGGCCUCCAGCGGUCAGCGUACGCCUACUCAACAACAGCAAAAAAUAGCUGCUAAGGCAAUGGAAGCUGGCGAGGCCGCUCCAAUGAUUACCACUCCAGGCCGUCAACGAUCAUUGCGUUCACAUCGGCAACGUGGAUCAAUGGACAGCGCAGAAGAGUCUGUUCUAGGGCGUCAGGUUAGCAUCGAUGGUUCUAUUGAGGCUCGAAGCUUCCGCAACUCCAAGUCGUUGGGUGACGAACCUCGCUCACCCAGGCUGACUCCGCACCAAGAGGCCUUGAUCAAAGAGCUAGAGUCUGCCAAGGCACGGAAUGCCUGGUACGCCUCCGAGUUAGCCCUGGCGAGAAAGGGGGGCUAUGUGCCGAAUCCUUCCAGCAGUCCUGCUAUCGACGAGCGUGCAAGCGAUUCAUUGAAUGACGAAGACCGCCCGCUAGUUGAAGCAUUUCUAGGCAUGAGAGCUGAACUAGCUAAAAUGCAGGCCACAGUUGACAGACAAGCUGCCAUCGCGUCCAAGCGCAUUGCAGAAGUGGAGCAUCAACGUGAUGUAGCUGUCAGCGAAGCGGCUUAUUCUCGUGCUAGGCUCGCUGCCCACGGCGGCAGUCAACGUGGAACCCCGCAGCCCGAGGUUUCUCGGGAUGGCGAGGAUGGCGAACGCCCAACCGACAUGGGUCGUCGUCUUGCAUUGGCUCUGGCAUCCCAGUCUGAACUCAAAGCUAGACUCGAUGUGCUGACUACAGAGCUUCAACAGGAGAAGCAGGCUAAAGAGUUGGCAGAAGACACCAACGAGGCUACCCGUAAACGCUUGGCAGAGCUUGAGAUGCAGAGCAACGCUCUAGAGGCAGAGAAUCUACGUGCUGAGCUGCACCAGGCGGAAGCUUCUUCUCGGGAAGAAGCACUAUUGCGUGCGGAGGCUGAAGCCUCAUUGAAGCAACUCGUUCUUGAUAAAGAAGAGCUUCUCUACCAGGUUGAAGAGUAUUCAGGCCGUCUGGCUGACUUUAACAACAAUUUCAGUACCCUGAAAGAAGCGGUUGGUGCCUCUGCUGCAAAGACCGCGAUUCUCGAGAAACGGUUGGAGGAGGAAAGAGAACGCCGGGAAGGCCUGGAGAGGAAGCUUUUGCAACUCCGAUCCGAACAUGAGGAGCGAACCACCGAGUUGGAGAACACGACUCGCCGUCUACGUGAGGCCGAAGAGCUGGCUGAGAGCCAUGCCAAGGAAGCUGAAACCCACAAGCUGGCUUUCGUCUCAGGUCUUGAGCGUGCUGGGUCAGCUGAUCUCGAUGCUUCGAUCCGGUCUCGCGCUGACCAGCGUGUGGCCGCCUUGGAGGCCCAGAUUGAAAGAUCUACAACCUUGGCAAAGGCCAACCAGGCUGCAGCUGAUUCUGCAACUGAGAAGUUGCGCCGUGCUGAAGAGCGGAUCGCUGGCCUUGAAGCUUACCAGGAGCAGGCUAGCCGGGAGGGACUUCAGCUACGCCGACAGCUGCAGACAGCCAUGAAGGAAAGCCAAGCCGCCAUCGCUGAGAGCAGGGACUUGAAGGGCCAACUUGAUUCUCAUCAGCGAGAGGCUGGUGCCUUGAAUAUUCAGCAUGCAGCUUUGAAGGACCUACUGGGUGAGCGUGGCGUGAAUCCCGACACUCGCCGGUCACCCCGCCUCGAGUCGCCAGGGUCCCGCUUCGGCACCCCCGAGCAGACCCGGUUGCGCGAGCUGGAGCAACAGCUUUCGAACAGUAUGAGGGCUCACGAUGAUCUGAAAUCUUCAUUCGAAUCCCGGGAGCAAGAAGCCGACCGGGCGUUCCGAGAGAAGCUGGAGCAGCUUGAGAACGACUACCAAUCAGCCGUCCACUACGUUAAGGGCACAGAGAAAAUGUUGAAGCGCAUGAAGGAUGAAUUGAGUCGUUACAAGGCUCAAAAUGCUAAGAUGCAGUCUGAUUUAGAGAUUGCCAACAAGACCAUUGAGGAUAGCAAUCAAUCAGGCAGCUCAGCUGAAUGGGAAAGUGAGCGUUCUCACCUUCAGAAGUCCAUCGCCGAUCUCGAGCGGAACACCUCUUCUUCAAUUGAGAAUCUGGAGAGCCAAGUUAGCCAACUGAAGGACCAACUUGCUCUCGCUGGUGCUGAGAAAGAGAAAUCGCUGGCUGAGCAUGAUCGUAUUAAACAAGAACUGAUGGCUACUGCCGAGCGCACCCGUGCCGAACUAGAGCAGUUCAAGCAGGAAAACGCCCACCUGGAAACCCGGGCCUCCGAUGCAGAGCAGAAGGUGAACAUGCUCUUACAACAGGUUGAGACCUCUGUAGGUCACUACCGCCGCCAGUCCCAGCUCAUUCAAGGUCCCAAUGGGAUUUCCCGAAGUCUCAGCAACGCCUCUAGCAACACCGCUGGUGGCCGAGGACGAGCGGACAGCAAUGUCUCGCAAGACUCUACCGCCUUCCCUGAUAACCGAGGCUCCAUGGCUCUUGACUCCCUCGCCAACGAGCUCGAGACUCUUCGCAGCCACUGGGAAAGCACUAACCGCAACUACCGCCUCAGCAGCCAGAUGGACAUGGAGCGAACCCCUACUAAAGAGGACAGCCACGGCCCUGCCAUGAUGAACGACAGCCUGGCGGAGUGGCGUCGGCGCCUGGAUGAAGAAGAGCGCACUGGCAAUAAGCCGAAGACUAUGGCUGGCACCGGUGCGGCCAACGUCAUUUAA